UCUGAAUGACACGUGACGAGCAGUCACGUGUUGAGAUGUACUAAGGUACAUCUCACACCAAGCCAUCCCCUGGCAUGGAACCAAUGGACCGCCCUUCUUCUAGAACUCCUGGUUGCUAUAUCGACGUACAUUUCUUAAGGAAUUCGUAUUUCUGCCAUGCGAACCCGCGGGAUCGCAUAAAAAAAUGUCUCUAGGGAAUGGCCCCUCCAUUCUUCAGGUUAAUUUACCGCCCAUUAGUUAGCGGCGGUCGUCUCCUAGUUAUCGCAUUCAAAUUCCACGACUAUUGGUUUAAUAUACUUCAUGAUGCGUUGCUUCAAGGGUUUUAAUAUUGCUCCUUCUUCUUGUUCUGCACACUUGUUUGCAACUACGGUGUUGCGAAACUAACUGAUUGACUACUCCUGAGAUAGCAUGUCGUUUUCUCACCCGCUUUUCUUCAUAGCUGCUUCUACGCUAAUUGGCGUAGGACGGGCGGUUACUUUCAAGUCGUUUAAUGGAACGCAUGAUGGGCCUGUAAAUGCGACGAGCCUCCCGAAGAGUACUCACGAGGUGCUCUCGCUACCCCUGAGGAAGGUCGAACACAAGGGUGUCGGGACGCCUAGUCUGGCGAGACGAUAUUUCGGAUCGGAUGUCCUAGGUGUCUACGGCGCAGCGUACUUUGCUGAGUUAACAAUUGGUACCAGCGACAAACCACAGACCGUCAAUGUGCUGCUGGAUACGGGCUCGUUUGAACUAUGGGUUAAUCCGAACUGUAGCGCGACCAAUGUGCGGCAGUUCUGCGAUGAGUUCGGGCACUACGAUCCUACGCUAUCACCUACGUCGAAGAAUCUAAAUAAGACCUUUACGAUCCAGUAUGGGCUAGGUAGUGCAUCGGGCACUUAUCUUCAGGAUGAUGUAUUUAUCUCUGGUGCGAAACUCCCGGGCCAACAAUUUGGAGUUUCAAAUACGUCUAGCGAUGUCUGGUUUGGCAUCCUCGGCUUGGGCUAUGGUAAGGGGCACGGCGUUAUCGACUACGAAUCUAUCGUCGACUCGUUGGCCGCACAGGGUUAUACGGAUAGCAAGUUAUUCAGCUUGGAUCUAGGUGGCCAACCUGGGCCUGCCGCCGCCAUCACGGGAGAAAUGGUCUUCGGUGGUGUCGACACCAAUAAGUACGCAGGAAACUUAACGAAAGUCCCAACAGAUCCUAACGACGCACACUACGUCGCAACGCUCAACUCAAUCUCCCUCCAAGUCCCCGCUUCCGGCUCCGGCUCCGGCUCCGGCUCCGGCUCCGGCAAGACCAUCUCCCAAAGUAUCAAAGCAAUAAAUGAUUCUAACUUACCAUUACAAGUUAUUGUUGACUCAGGGACUACGCUCUCUCUGCUCCCCGAGUCCAUGGUCUCAGCUAUAGCUGCCGGCUUCCCUGGUGCGGAGCCAGAUGGAAAUGGCGGAUAUAAGGUGCCAUGCGAGCUACGAAAUACUACGGAGGGCCGUGUAGACUUUGAGCUCCGUGGGGAUGGCAACGGCAAAGUCAAGAUCAGUGUUAGUUACAGCGACUUUAUCUGGUACGGCGGCAACGAAUGCUUCCUGGGUGCAUGGUAUACCGGCGAUGUGGGUGUAUGGAUCUUAGGAGAUACAUUUCUAAGGGGAGCAUACGUAACGUUCGACCAAAGCAACAACGCGUUAUAUAUGGCUAAUUACGUCUCGUGUGGCGAAGGCUCAAACCUGGUCCCUGUUCCAGCGGGCCCGGAUGCAGCGGCUAAUAUCCCCGGAUCCUGCAAGACGGCGGAGCCGGCACAGAAGGCCCCGCCGCCUGCCGCUACCUUAGCCAGUUACGAUCCGGAGUGCGACUGCACUGUAUUUUCUUUCUCGACUGCUUUUCCCACUGCAUUCAUGACAAGUACAGCGACUGCUACUACUGCUACUAUCAAGAAGCAAGCAAGCGCAGCCCCGAUGUCCGGUUCACCCGCCCCCGAAGACGAUGACUGCGACGAGGACCAGGACCAGCCGCAGCAGAAGCACGUCGAGAUAAUUACGGCUACAGAGACUUUUACGAGCACACUGGUUCGCCAUGUCGUAUACACGGCUGGCCGCCGGGUUGCUACUAGCUACGUAACAGUCGUGACAACCUUCUGCCCAGGCGACAUCCUUCCUCCCGCAUCUACAACCCCGGUUCCGGGCGCGGCGCAUUCCCAGACCCAAGGCCGAGUUCAGCACACUAUUACGCGUCCUAUCCUAAGCACAAGUAUAUCAUCCCCUAUAGAACAAGUCACGAUAGCGGAGAUAACCCACGUGGUCGAGACGGCUCCGGAGACCUUUAUCACCACAAUGAAUGCCACAACACAAGUAGCCACUGUGUUCGAGUCGGUUCACAUAAACGCGUACUCUUCCCCUCCCCCUCGGACCCCUCCUACCUUCACCGAAUCCAUCCUUUCCACUUUCCCCCUCUCACCCCCCACAUUCUCCUCUUACUCUUCCCCCCUUCCCCCACCACCGCAACAGCAACAGCAACAGCAACAGCAAGGCACCGCUCCUAAUGAUGGUUUCGGCGCCAUGGGCUGGGGUUUCAACAGCACCUCUACCACUACUACGAGCACCAACACCGGCAGCGUCAACUACAACUACAACGUAGCAGGCGUAGCCGCAAGCCAAGCCAUCGGCGCUGGCGCCGUGGUCGCGCCCGCAGUGCCGACGACGACACAGAUCUGGCACUCGCCUAUGCCGAGCGGGAUGGCUAUGAGUACAUCCGAGGCGGUGAAGAAGACGCUAGGCGAGGUAGUAGUCGGGUUAUGGACCGUGAUGAUGGUGAUGGUGAUAGGGCAGGCUGUGGGAAUAUGAGUCUGGCUCGGGUUUUCUCUUCUCUUCAGUUCGCUUCUUACUUGUCCUUUGAUAUUGUUGAAUGAUUGAUUGAAUGAAUGAAAUAAAUGUAUGAAUUGAGAAGUCGAUACUAGACAAUAGGGGGGAGAUAGGGGAGACAGACAGAUUGAUGAGUUGCUUCGACAUCUGGAUAGUGGGAUAUACCUCGGUUUUGUUGCGAAGGAAAGUCGGAUAACAGGUAUCUUUUGUGGCCAAGGAGAAAAGAGAUGUUUUGAUAGAUCAUUCAUAGAUAAUAGAUAGCUAAAUCAAACAAUUUAAAAGUUACCGCCUAACGGUAUUCACAUAACAAA